AUGGUCCCUCGCUGGGCUUCGGGAGGCGACGGCCCAACCUCUACAGAAACGGGCGGGCAGGUCUCCUCCCUUUGGGCCUGCUCGCUGGGCGGAGUGGCAGCGUGCACUGAGCAAGCUGGGGAGAUUCCGCAAGCGAGAUGCCGCUCUGAAGGACGCCAGCGUACUGCAGGCCCUCCCCGCGCGGCUUGGCACCGAUGGGAACCUCCGCGGCUACUUCCAGCUCUACUGGGAGAUGGACCAGUGUGCAGUUUGAACUGCCCUGGCCGAGAGGUGCUGGAAUGGACCUGGCCCACAAGCGCUGCGCACUGCCCGAGGUUCACCCUGGCGGGGCCAGGAACUCGCUGCGAGACGAGGAAUUCGCAUGUGCAAGAGCCAGCUGCGGUCCACUUGGGAGGGAUGCCGCAUGAGGCGCUAUCAGCAGCCACAGAUGGUACGGCUGCAUGCAUCCGGAGAUUGACCUGCGAGGAUGAUGAUACCAUUCACAGGCAAAGCUUCCCGAAACACACGCAAGCGCGAACUCAAACUUGCAAGCUUCGUGACCACGAUGCGUUCUCUUCUCAGUCAUUGAUCUCGCCUUGGGAAAGUCAGGAAGAGAGCUUCCGCGAUUUGCUGGAGCCUACCUUUUCAAUCAGCGGAAUGGGGCAGUUCGAGCUGGCAGAUGUGGUGCCAUUCGAGGCAGAAGCUGAACACCAUCCGUACAUCGGAAGCGACGGCGAGACUGCGAGUGAGGCCGAGAUUCGUGGCGAUGACAUGAAGCUUGUCAACUGGAGUCUAGAAGGAAGGUCCAAGCCGCAGUCGGAUUGCCUCGCAACGAGCGCAUCCGAGUCUGAAGCGCCCGACAUUGUUAUAGACGUGCCAGACACAUGCGGUUCGCAUGGGAAUGGCCGCUUCAGCUCUGAGGAGGAUAUUCAGGAACACGAGAUGCUGAAGACUUGCAACUCUGAGCGCUUUGACUUGGCGCCUUCCAACGUCUUAGGCCACAAAGGAGACGAUGUGCGAUCCAGCCUUUCACUCAGCCCCUCGCAGGCUUCGAAUUUCGAGGUCGUGAUCGACGUGCCUGAUCGCUGCGCGCAUCGGGAGGUGGCCUUUGACGCAGCUGGUUGCGUCAGCCCCGGUGAUGUUGCGAGUGAGGCCCUGGACACCCGCGCUCCGGACCUUUCCGCACGCUCAGCUCUGCAUCGGGCCGCCGCCUUGGGUGACGUGGCAUCCAUCAGGCGGCUGCUGGCGGCGAAGGCCGCCGUGGACGGCGUGUCCCACGGCUUCACCGCCCUCCACGACGCCGCGCACCGCGGCCGCGCGGCCGCGGUGGCGGAGCUGCUGCGGAGCUCCGCGUCGGCGUCGCCCGCCGGCGCGGAGGGCGCCACGCCGCUGGAGCUGGCGGCAAGGGCCGGGCACUGCGAGGUGGUGCAGCUGCUGGCAGCCGCCUGGCCAGCUGAGGGUAAAGCCGCGCUUCGACCGCUGCAGCUGGCGGCCCAGUUUGGGCGCCGAGAGGUGCUGCAGCUCCUGCUGCAGCUGCGGAGACCCCACUUGAGGACGGAAUCGCCGGCGCCUAGCGAGAGCAGCAGCUUGUCCGAGGCACUACCGGUGGGUGUUUGGACGACUGGUGUUAACAUCGGCUCGGUCACCGUCCACUUUGCAGGCUGUGAGCGAACGGUGCUGGAAGAUGAGAACAAGAGGCUGCGGGAGGAGUUGGCCAAGUAUCAGACCGAGGCCCUCGAGAGACAUCGGAGGCCGAUGGCGGCCAUUGCCGGCGGCGGUUUCCGCGCUGCUGCCUCACAGAGGAGCUGCAUGUGUGAGGUGCUCAAGGCGAAAUUGGCGCGGCGCUGCCGCCAGGUGUUGGCCCACGUGGGGCAAUCGACCUCCAUGCCAUGCCCAUCGCUGCAGGUGACUCACCUGGUUCCGCGGUAG